GUGUGAUCGUGGUUCGCCGGUCGAAUUUUCGCCAUGUUAUCGCCCGCCCUUGCUUUGGCUGUGGCAAUAUCGCCUGCCCAGUCACGAGACGUGAAACUCUUGCCGUAUCUCUUGGGAACUGCUCCCAGAAGUCCGAAAUGGCUCGCCCGACACAAUCGCGAGGAUAGGAAAAAAUUCAGACAAGCCACGUGCAGUUUUGGGGUCCUGGGUCUAUUGUCCAACCUGGGGCGACUCACCUUUAUUCUGAGAAACAUCGUGAAUUCCUGUCCACAGUCAGUGGAAGAUUCUGCAUCGUACCAACCAGGGGAGGAAGCAACGCUCCCGGUGAAAGUCUGUUUGCUGAGCGUCAGCGCCCUGUUCGGUGGCCUGGCGCAGGCCGCGCGCUCGCUGACGGUCUUGGUCUCCACCUGCGCGCGCACGGCCACAGUGGAGGAGGGCUGCGCCGCCUCCAUCGAGACGGUUCUGGUGCCGGCGACGCUUUUCAUCAACGGCGGCAUCGCCAUCUCGGCGGCCUGCGACAAGGGAGCGGUGGAUCUUCCAAAGGAUAUUCAACCCAACCGUCGCUUGCUGGAUCCGCGGGAUCUGCCUGUGAAGCGUCAAUGGGACAUCGCUCAGUGUACCAUGGAUGCCAUUGAUGCGGCCCGUUCCGUGGCAGCGCUGGGGCUCACACUUGACCUCCUUUCCAGGAGCUGCCCUGUGAACCGCGUGACACGCUUCACGGAGCAGAUCACCACGGCAGCGUGCACUGUGGAUGUGUCAGUGCUGCUGACCAGUUUUACCAGGUUGGUCUUCUAUCUGGCCCUGGCAGUGAAUCACUGUUCGCCUGAACCGGAAAGGGAUGCCAUCUGCUUAGUGGGUGUUUCAGCGAUUGCCGCUGGCAUGUCCACCACAUCAGCUGGUGGUGCUGGAGUUUAUGCCACUUGCGAGAUGGGCAAGAAGCGGCAAAGGCGAGAAAGGCUGGUGAAGGCCGGCAUACUGAAAGCCUCCGACGCCGGUGUGGCGGGCCCGAGCGUCAUCGCAUCUUCGCCCUUUCAACUGGUCCGGCGGCUGGUCAAACCCCGGCGUCUCGAAAAAGCCUGGGAUUGGCACGAGUUGGAGGAGCUAUGGCUGAAGAUGGGAUACAACAUCUCAGACCCUGCUGAUUGGCUGCCUGACGAGGGAAACGACCAGCUGCGUUCGGCUGUAGAGGCCGCUCAGUUGCUGAGGAGCAACUGGACGCCCCACCUGACGCCGAUGCCGGCGAGUGGUCCCAGGGAGGUGGCCUGUAGUAUCGAGUCGGCCGACCCCUUGCGAUUGCGCAGCGGAGUGGCUGGGGAGUCUGUCUCAGUGGAAGACAAUGCCACGGCGUGUCAAGCGCGGUGUUUUAGGAUUCCAAGCUGCGCAGAGUUUGCUUAUUGGGGUCCUGGAGGUCAGUGCCACAUUUUGGGCUUCUUGGAGAUGCCGGUGCAGGAGCAGCUUCCCAGCACUGCUGGCUGGGUUUCUGGACCUCCAAGCUGCGAUGCUGCCAGCCCUGAGUUGGAGAGCCCACACCCAAGAGCUUUGCGGCAGCUGAUGGCUAAGAGAUAUGAUGCAUGCUACGUGUCCCACACAGCCUUUCAGCCUCUGCUCGAAGAUGUGGAGCCGCGGAUCCUGGCCUCAGUCUUGGACUGUCAGCGUUGGUGCGAGCAGCAGCCCGGCUGCGGCUUCUUCUCCUACUUCGCCCUGUCAGGGCUGUGCCACCUGUCUCCCGCGGAUGCGCAGCGGUUGCACCCGGUGCUGAAUUUCGUGGCAGGGCCGAAGAGCUGUGAAGAACCUGAAUUCGUCGCUGAAACCUCCGCUGAAACUGGUGGAAUGCAUGUUGGCCUGCCACGUGCUUUGGGUCAAGGUACCCUUGCCGUGGCAGUGUCCAUUCUUAGUGUCCUUGCAAUGAAAUCUUGCAAGGCCCAAUCCAUAAUUUUUGGGUCCAAGUUUAACAGCAUAAAAGCCACGGUGGAGCCAGAUGAUGCUGUGCCAUUGGCAAACGCGGGCGCGUGACAAA